AUGGCGAAAUCGGCGUCGAAUUCACUGGUGCAGACUCUGAGGCGCUUCAUAAAGAAGCCAUGGGAGAUAACGGGCCCUUGUGCCGACCCCGAGUACAAAUCCGCUGUGCCCUUGGCCACCGAGUACCGCCUGCAGUGCCCCGCCACCACCAAGGAGAAGCCCUGCAUCCCCACCUCCCUCCCCGAGACCGUCUACGACAUCAAGUACUUUUCGCGCGACCAACGCCGCAACCGCCCUCCCAUCCGCCGCACAAUUUUGAAGAAGGCUGAUGUCGAAAAACUCGCUAAGGAGCAGACCUUCGCCGUCUCCGACUUCCCCCCGGUUUAUCUCACCUCCACCGUUGAGGAGGACAUCAAUGCUCGCGGCGGCGGAUACACGGGCUGA